AUGCAGUUCCAUGUUUCGAAUGUCAUCGAUGUCAUCCUCCAUGGGUUCUCCUAUGAUAAGCGACAGCAUCGCAGGUUUCUUGGACGAGUUGGGAAUGGGCAUACCGGCCUGGGCUGUUUCAACCUCUUUUUCAUCCCACUGCUCUUUCCUAGAGCAACAUCGGAUUCUUCCAAGAUGACAACCCAGAUAUUGCUCUUGAAGAACGCGACAGAUGCCCAGAUCGAGCAGGCAGUUGAACUAAGCAUGCGAGCAUACGAAGGCGACGAGUCUGUGGUGUCCAUGAUAGGUGGUGACGAGACCCUUCGCAUCCAUAUGUUCCGGGCGAUGAUUCGGGCGGGAGCGCGUGAAGGAGCGUUCUACGCCGUUACGGAUACCAUGUCGGGAAUAAUACUUUCCUUCAGCAUAUGGUUUGCACCAGGUCGGAGGAUAUUUGACACGGAGGCGCAACGGAGCCUUGACUGGACCGACUUUGUCAAUGCAUUGCAACCCAAAGUUCAGGAAUGGUGGGUCAAUGUUCUUGGACCUUUGCACCACGAAGCGAUGGUGAAGUAUGUGGGUCCCGAGUACCCUGACAGCUGGUAUGCGAGUAUCAUUGCCACAGAUCCGGAAUACCAGAGGAGAGGAUACGCCAGUUCUUUAGUCAGCACGGUUCUCCAACGAGGCACCAAAGAAGGAAAACCUGUCCUUCUCGCAACUCAGACUAUGGGAAAUGCCAAAUGGUAUCAAUCUUUGGGCUUCGAGCUCAAGGGAAAGACUACGAUUCCCUCAGACUACUUCAAAUUUCCCGACUAUAUUCUCCGCUGGGCAUCAUGCUAA